GCUGGCGUAUUUUCGUCUGCAAAAAUUAGUGCGGUAAAAUCAAAAAAGCUGUUUUCUUUAAUAUGUUUCGACAUCCUGUCUUUCUUAAAAACAGAAUCCUUAACAAACAUUUGAAACUGUCCAGUUAAUGAUCUAAAUAUGGUGAAAAAGAAGAUUAAAUCCACAAAAAAGGGAAGAAAACGGGCUUUGAAAGAAGAUGUUCAUGCCACUACGAGUUUACCCCCGUCCGUUGAGGGCCAACUGAGAUGUUUCCUCAGAGUCUGCAUCAGCAAGAUAGUGUGGCUCUCCGCCAAACCCCCCGACGCAACCCAUGUCAGAUUGAGAUGGUGGGGUGAGAUCUCCGAGGGGAGCAUAUUCAGACCAUUGGAUGUGAAGAACCCACAGAAGGUACCCACCAGAACUGUAGCCAGAUACCCAGUGAGAUGUGGGCCCAAGCAGUUUGCAGCAUACCUCAGCGAUAUGGGAACACUCAUUGUGGAGGUGUUGAAAGGACCCAACAUGUCUUCCAUUGGCAAAGCCCAGAUCAAUGAAAUUGGACACCUUGCACCUCAAGUACCUAUCAAUGGGUUUUAUUCAGUGUUCUCAAAUAAGUCGGCAGACAAAAUAGCAGAGCUGCAUGUUUCACUGGUGUUUGAACCUUUGCCAGCUGCCUACGAUAGCUCCAGCUCUGUACCCACCACAGACCUGAGUGUUGCCACAGGCACGACCGCCGAUUCUGCCUCGGUCCAGUCACAGCCGGCUAGGACCGGCCCUCCCCGGCCGGCUCCGAAACCACGCAGAGUGAUAUCCAGCUCCAGUGAAGAUCCGUUCAUGUCGCCAAUACCAAAGAUUCCACACCAUGAGAAACACCCCGAAACUCACCAGACCAUCACACCACGAGGAGUGGAUAAUGACUACAGCUUUGUUGUUGGGCCUGGAAAGACAGAUAAAGCCUCCGGUCAGAAGAAAGAUCGAAGCAGGACUGAAGCAGAAACUGGUCUAGAGACGGCCAUUUCUGCCUAUGAUUCAGUGAUGAAAGGUCACAGUUCAGACACUGACCUUUCGAGACCAAGAGACGGGGAAAUACAUCUAGGAAGUACUGAAGAGUUAGCAAGGAGGGAAAUAUCAGAACUGGUCUCCCCACGAAGGCACCGCCACCUGGACCCAUCCAGCCAGCCAGGCAGUGACCUGAUCUCGGCACUACUGGAUCGGGGCACAAAGCUGAGAGACAACAUGAUUAGGUCCGAGCUAGACAGGGGCUCGUCGGCUGUGAAGGGAGGGUACCAGGGGCAACCGGAGACGAUACACAGUGGCGUGCCGGUGGAUGUUGUCAACGCUCGUGAAAACCGGCCAAUGAGAAGACGUUCAUCUGGAGAACUUUUCCGUGAGAUCCUUCGCACUGGUGACAACCCACGUCCUACAGAGAAUGGUUUUGAACACAGCAUCACUGAUGAACAGACUGUUGAGCUUCUCUUUGGCGAUCGGAUCUCUGCAAGAGAGCUGAACGACCUCAAAACAUUGCAGUCUGAGCUGUCUCCUCAGUCCAGUGUCUCCUCUGAGAGUGAUGCCAUCAGUGAGACGGAGGAUCCUCUCAGAGAUCAGAGUAUCCUGGAGGAACUUUUCUACAAGGGAGUGAGGAGCAGCGGUGACAGUAGUCUGAGUGAUCCACUGAGCAGUGAGGAGGAUGAGGAUGAUGCCAAGAAGCAUCCGUCAUCCAAGGCAAGGAGACGACGAUGGUCUUAUGAAUCCUCCUUAAGCGAUCCUGGCAAUCAGAGACCUCCUUCAAGAAAAGACAAACAGCAACCUUCUGCGGAUGACACCCCAAGGAAAGGUCAGGACAGCACUCCAAAAGAAAAAAGCCAGGAGCCCGUGGACAAAAGACAUUCGCAGGCAGUGAGAACAAAAGACAAUGUUCGACUCAGGAGACGGACCAGCAGUUUGAGCACGACUGGCAGUAGCGACACGGACAUGGGGAGUACGUCCAGGGUGUCGGAAGGAUCCAGGGUGUCCUUCCAAGAACCCCUCAUAGAGAAGAAAGUGAGUCCUGCUGAUGGCUUGAGCGUUCAACGCCUCACCCUGCUGGGUAGAAUCCACAUUGCCCGAGUUAUGAUUGACUCUCUUACCUUCUGGACACCACCUCCAGUGAAAGCAGCAGAUACAAAGCCCUCUAGAGGCAGCCGAGGGAGAGGCAGGCCCCCUAGGCCCUCCCCAAAACCAAAGACCAAAAAGUGUUCAUAUUUUGUGGAGUACCAUUUUCCCAUCACAGCCUCCCCGCGCGAACAAAGCCUGGUCACCAAUAUGUCGACCGAAGUCAUGAGACUGGUCUCAAAGAAAGUAGACAGCAAAGGAGAAAUUACAUUUGGUCAUCGGUCUGUGUUCCCCAUUCGCUUUGAUGGGACAGCUGUGGACAGCUGGUGGAAGCAACUCCUGGUCUUCAAGAUCUUCUCACGCACAGCCGGCCAAAAAUCACCUGUUCUCCUCGGUGUCGCCAGCCUGCCUUUACGAUCGGUCUUACAGUCUGCAGACCUUGCUGUGCUCAACUUGGACUUGGAUGUUAAGGAUAAGAUUUACCCUGAUCACUCAUCCAUCUCCGGUCCUGAGUCGAGCACCGCUGAGAGAGCAAAGGACACGGUCAUUGGAACACUAAAGAUGUCCAUUGAGCUGGCUUCAGACAGCAAGGAUUUCCCUUCAGCGCUGGCCAGAAUGAAAGUGGCCGAGAUGAGGGGAGCCAAGAUCGUCUCCCUCCCGUCCAACCAGCCACACCUCCCCAUCAGGAUCCCCACUGGAUCUGUGGACAGUGAUAGCAAGAGCUCAUCCCGCAGUGUGCAGACGGAUAGCGUGUCAGCCCUGGUUCCAGAUAAGGAAUCUGAUGACAAGCAUGGACCCGCUACUUCAGCAAGAGGUUGCACAGAGGGAGUACAAACAAGUGAAGGGCACAGCCAAGAUCAGCCCAGGAAGAGGCAAAUGCGGGGGGAGGGGAACAGGCUACAGGAACAGCCAAGCAAAGAGUGGAUGGAUGAAACUCUUCAAGUCGACUUGAAGCCACUUGAUUCUACAGCAAAAGCAAAGACACAAUAUGAGGCCAGGACUUUACACUCUUUACUCUUAAUUCCUGAGGGGCAAGCCGUCACAGUCCAUGGUGUUGCACCUGUGAGAUCAAGCAGCAGUAUCCCCCGCACACCUCCUCAACCACAUUCAGGUGUGGGAGCAGGGAUAUCAGGGCUUGGUGGCCGGGACCAGACAACGAGAAACACCUACCUUGUAUGCCGCUUGUUCUGGAGUGAUGAUUCUGUGAGAUCUAAUGUAUGCUGGGGCACUACAGAACCAGAUUAUAACUUCACGCAGGUGUCUCCUGUGCUGCUGACACCAUCGUUACUGGAGCGUGCCAGGAACAACUGCAUGGUGAUUGAGGUUUGGGACAAAAAGACGUCAGCUCAAAAUGACCAGCUUGUUGGUAUUGCCAAACUGCCACUGCAUCAGUUCUACAUGUCCUUCAGAGAUGACAGGAUCGCUGGUACCCUUCUCAAGUCACAGUACCCAGUUGUAGCAGUUGACAACUACGUCAACAUCAUAGAUCCGUUCACUGGUGUCCAGUACGGCCAGCUGAAGGUACUUCUAGCUUUAGGAUCUUCCGAACAGAUCUCUGCCCUUCAGAGGUUGAAGUGUGACAAGGACGCUAUUGAUACAAGACCUCUGAGGCCUGGUCAUUACCUGGAGAGGGGUGAAGCCGUUACAAAGAACAGGGCGGAAAGAGAAUCCUCACAAGAUGAGCUGGUUGAGCACAUCUUUGAGGUCGUGGUGGAAGGCAUCCAGUGCUUACCGCAGCUUGAAGACACCGUCUGGGGGGAGGCAGAUUGCUUUGUCCGGUAUCACUUCCCCUCCCAGUCACCUCCCAGGGGACCCCCUUAUGGCACCCUCACUGUGCCAGUUGGCCCAGUCUUGACACCCCAUCAGACCCCUACCACCCUCUGCACGCCAGACCCUACAUUCCAUGAUGUGUCCCGGCACAGAUUGCAACUGCCAAGAGGAACACCAGUCCAGAGAGAGCUACUGACAGCGUGUGCCGGGGUUGGCGGUGGAGCAGGGGGCAUUCCCUUUGAAGUCUGGUGUCGUUAUUACUACCCCAACAUAAGGGAUCAAGUUGUUGCCAAAACGAGCCUCCCCCUUGCCAAGCUGUGCGCAAUGGUGACCAUGCAGAGGCGCGGUGAGCCCAGCGUCCAGACGUUCUCCCUGCCACUCAGGCUGCAACACCCCGACCAGGACUCGCUGACCAAGGAACAACUUGCUAAGCUCCAAGAUGCUGGGCUAUUGGAUGUGACAAUCAACUAUCGUCAUAGCAUAGUACAAACAGGUGGUACCGUUCCAAGGAGCACAGAGACAGGGGGUCCGCAAGUCUGUCUGUCGGUGGGCAUCCUUAGAGCAUGUGGCUUGAAGAGUGCUGCCGUGUCUCUGGCUCAGUUUGAUAGCAGUCUGCAGUAUCCUAGUGAGGUUGGGGUGAAUGCCUAUGUUAAAAUGGAGCUGUCCUUUCUCUCUAAGCAGGAGGUGCGUGUCACCCAAACCGUUGCCCGUACCUUCGGCCCCGAAUUCUCCCACCAUGUGGACUUCCCCUGUUCCCUCUUUCUUGAGGACCAGGAGAGCGGUCACCUUAGCUUGGCCGAGGCUUUGGAGACAGCUGAGAUGACCUUGCAGGUCUGGCACCAAGUCCCUGGCUUCAAAUCAGACCACGACGUCAACUUUGUCACCGUAGACGGUGGCACGGGCAAACCAGCGGGGAUAUCCGCUCGUAGACUGUUUGCUCCAACUGGGGACAUUCUACUCGCAACGACAACAAUACCACUGCAGUCCCUUCUCUCUCAUAGAACAGGUCUGCAGGGGUGGUACCCCUUGUUGAUUCCUGCCCCGGAAUGGACUGAACGAACCUCUGUCCAUCCUCCCAACCUCCUCUCGUCUGGUUCCCUCGGGAUGGCAGGAGGAGGGGGGCAGAGUCUAGAUCGAGGUGGAGGCGGCCUAGAGCUGUCCGUCAAGUUUGCCCAUCAGGGGGACCGAGAGCGUGUGAUCGAUGCGGGGAGAAGGGUGGGCUGGUCGCCGGAUGCGGAGCUGGAAGGAGUGGAGGAACUGUGGGAUGAUGAAGACACUGCAGCAGGUUCCUACUCUGCUGACAUCAAUGUCCACAUUGAUUCUGCCUGGUUCCCCGUCCACACAGCACUGCGGCCUGGCCAGCAGGCUUUGGACACUGCUGCCAAGGCAUACGUCCGUUACAAGUUUUAUGACAAAGGUUCCGUUUGCUCCAAAUUGUGUUACCUGGAUGUGAAUGAGGAGAGCUGUGUCACAGCAGAUUUCAGGCACGGUCAACGCUUUCACACAGCACUCACUCAGCCUCUAGCUUGGUAUCUUAGAGAAGAGCGAUUUGAGAUUCAACUUUGGGUCAGUUACAACAGAGAACUGUCACAGACUGACUCAAGCCACUCCCGCCCACGACAACGAGACAAGCUAAUUGGUUGUGCCUACAUAGACAUGUCGGCACUGUGUGAUAAAAGAAUCAGGCAGCGCAGGAUAAGUGGGCUGUACCCCUUGUUCAGGCCUGGAGCCAGUGAUCUCGGUGGAAGCUGCCUGCGAGUUCACCUCAGCUUGAAGGAUGUCCCUAGUGGAUUGCAUUAUCAACAGGAAUCAUCUGAUGAAGCCGAGGUCCCCUUGCAAGAAGGGGUCGGGCGAGCCCAUUCACCCCACUCACGCCAUCUUGCCUCCGCCCAGCCGUCUCGUCCCCCAGAGCAUGCCUUGGAUACCGAGGAGGCAGAGAGCAGACAAGAAGAUGAGAGGAGACAACAGGAGGAAGAGCAGAGAAGAAUGAGGAGGCCAGUUCUGAUGGGUGUGGCUGUGGAGAGGGCGAUGCAUCUCAUGUCAGUCCCUUCCAGUAACAGACUAGAGGCUGGUCUGCCCAGUUGUUACGUGACAUUCCAAUCAGCUGAGGGACCCCCUAUCUGUACAGCCACUGUGCGUGAUACUGCCCAGCCUGUGUGGGGAUUCGAACAGGAUGUCAGGAUCAGUGCUGAGGUCCUUGAUCGCCAGAGUUUCAUCUUUAAGGUGUGGCACCAGACAUCCUCCGAGCCUGACAUGAACAGCGAUCGGAUGCUGGGCUUUGCCUCGGUGGACCUAGCCCCACUCCUGGCCGGCUUCCGCAGCCUCAACGGCUGGUACAACAUCCUGGACUUCAGUGGCCACUGCCAGGGACAGAUCAAGGUGUCCAUCACGCCCAGGGAGAGCGUGUCGCCUCUCAAACGCUCGCCCAAGCGGCAGACGAGCCCUAAUACGUCGGCCAUCUUCGCGCAAGGUUUCCCCCACGUUCCACUCACAACACUUCCAGGUCACCACCAAGCCAGCCAUUCUGCCAGACAGUCCCCUCCGAAGUCAACCCUACCGCCGUCCAGCCACUACCAAGAGCACCUCCAGAAUGUUCGCAAGUUCCAUGCUGACCUCCAUCAUAGGCUGCGGUCACGGCAACAGGACCCCACCACUUUUGAGCAGGGGAGGGACAGCCAGAGAGGAGUAAAUAUGGCACCAACCAUCUCUGUUGAUGUGGGCCCAUCACAUGUACCUACAGCUGUCUCCAACUCAUUUCUAAUGGGAAACCUCAGAAAAAAUCUGGAAGAGCUGGACAGUGUCUACCAGAGAUUGCAGCAGAAAUUGGCCUCUGAUCCACCCCAGGACAGCCCUACUCCCCAUGAAAACACACCUUCUGUUGAGCCAGUGAAAAGUCCUCACAUUCCCAUGGAGAGAAUACUCGGUGACCGCGGCAGGGAUGAGAACUCCAGAGACCAAGUGCAGUAUCCCACCAUCGAUCCUUUGGAGCUGCCUGACGAAUCCAGUCACAGAAGGACGAGUGAUGAUGACAUCUUAGAGAAAGUCAGGGCUGAUCUACGACAAGAGGAUGCAGAGUACAUCUCCGGUGAUGUGGAUGGACAGGGAGCCGGCAGGCAAAAUCGUUACCUUGAAACGGAAGAUGCCACAUCACCAGUACCCGAGAGCGACUGGGAAGACAGUGUGCAAUUUCAGGAGGACAGAGAAGAGGAAGGUAGCGAACCAGAUGGAGAUGUCAUCGUGCCCAGGCCCUUGAAUGAUGUCUCCUCUGCAAAUUUUAGCAACGGCGUCAGGCCUGAUGCAGUCUAUACAAGGGGAACACAGAAUCAGCGAGGAAGUGAACUGGACACACAAAGGCUGUCUGGCGACAAAGCGGAAGAUGAUGAGACCAGCCUUGAAAUGUUAAGAAGACACCAAUUUGAUGGAAAUGAUUACAAGCUAGGUCAAACCCCCGAUGUGGACUUUGUAGGAGAAAAACAGAAGCUUGACCUAGGACAAGGUUCAUCUAGCCAGUUCAGAACUGCUAUUGAUGCUGAUAAAGUAUCCACAGAGUCGAAUGGAAGAAUAGGGGCUGUUGAUGAAAGGACAGGGGAUUCAACAUAUGAAAUUGCCAAACCUGACUUUGGAGAGGAUGACAACAGAGAGGAAAUGGUGAAUGUCGCCCUGGAGGCAGUUGCAGAUAAUGAUGGUGAAAGGAUGACCGACGGAGACUUUGCCAAUUCUGAUAACCAAGAAGGGAGUCCAGUUGCAUCUAGCAAGGGCAUCUCGAAAAGCCAAGAUGCGUCUGAUGGAGUGGACUCAAAUUUUGGCCAAGGCAACUUGGUAGGGAUGAGACCCCGGCCAGAGUUUUCAGAAGACGUUGAUGGAGCUCAAUAUGCCAGCAGACAACGAGAGCCUUCAAACCAAAGGAUCACUGCAGACACUGACAGGGAUCAAAUGAUGAGCGGAAAUAGUGACAACCACCAAAGAGUCGAAGCAUCUUUGAACUCAGACUGCAACGCUGACAAGUGUUCAAAGGAAGUGGUUGUGUCCCAACAGGACGGGUCAAACCAGAGGAGAAGAGAAGGAACAGAAGACAUUGGAGGUGUUGGCAGUCCUGACGACAGCGACGACGACUCAAUGGCAAUCACCAUCGAUUCCAGACAGACCAAACAGCAGACCGGAGCAGAAACACGCAGAGCACAACCAGGCAGUGCCAACCACUCGUCUGCCAAAUUACCUCCAGCCCAACUUCCAAAUUUCUUCCUUCCACCGCGAGAUUUAGAGGCAUCAAUGAGGGCGCUUCACAACGUCACCGGUAUCUUGCCACGAGCCCAGCCAAGACAGAUUGAAGACGACGAGGAGCCAACGUCACAACCGACAGAUGCAGCCAGAGAGCUGACUCGGCGACUAGCAUCCCGUCACCCGUCAGCAAGGUCGCGGGCCCCAAGGCUGCCCUCAAAGCCAGCCUACAAGCUGCCCACUGCAGAGGAGGCCAGACGGAUAGCCAAGAUCUUCGCUUCCAAGUUCUCUGAGAGCUGACACUGUGACACUUAAUGCAUCAGUGACAACGGCUUGGAAUAGAGAUGUUGUAAGUAGAUUCAGUGGAGAAAACUGUACCCUCAACCUAAAAUUAUUGGUUGCUCUGCCAACCACCUGUACUGGCAAUAUACCAAUACA